AAAAACACGUCGGCAAAGAGUUGUCGAUGCCCGCCUAGCCGAGGAGUGACGAGAAGUCUCCCUUUUGUAAACUAGUUUAGAUACCAUGCUCUUGUAGUGGGCGCGCUCCCCAAGUUUCUUUAGUGAAGACGCCUCCACAAACUAGAGGCAUGUUUCGAAGUAACAGAGCAUUGUUAGUAACGCUUGUCGCGCUAGUCAGUGCCGAACUCCAGCUAGUAGGGGCCCACUACCACAGUGAACACGAUCAUGACCACGAUCAUGACCAUGAUCACGAACACGGCCACGAACCCGAACCCGCAGCGUUCAAGUACUCACGCGUAGCCAACGAGCCGCACGUCGCAGCUGCUGCAGCUGGCAGCGAGGCCCACCAUCAUUCCCAUGGACACGUAGCAUCGUCUUCUCAUUCUCAUGCAUCGGCCGCUCCCAAGAAGAAACCGAUCCGAUCAUUCGAAGAGACUGCCUUUCUUUGGGGCCGUGCUCUCGGUUCCACACUGCUGAUUAGUGUCGCACCGUUUCUGAUCCUAUUUUUCAUUCCCAUUGACUCGCGCUCUGGCCAUGAGUCGCUGCUCAAGGUUCUCCUCAGCUUCGCCUCGGGGGGCCUGCUUGGCGAUGCGUUCCUCCACCUCAUUCCACACGCACUUAUGCCGCACAGCAGUGAAGAGGUCUCAGGCACUGCACACACAGGUCACGGCCAUAGCCACGGCAGUCAUGCCCACAGCCAUUCUCACAGUCACGACCAUUCUCACGGGCCUCAUGACAUGAGCGUCGGCCUGUGGGUGCUCGCCGGUAUUCUAGCUUUCCUCAUGGUUGAAAAAUUUGUGCGCAUGAUCAAGGGUGGUCACAGUCAUAGUCAUGACCAGCUUCACGAGCAUGUUCACGAGGAGCAUCGUGCCGACGACCGGGUUCCGUCGGGAACAGGCGAAGCUGACACAAGGCCCACUGGAAAAUGUGACGGAGAGUCCAGCGGUGCGGAGGACGCCAAGAACGAGUCGACUGCAGCUCUGGUGCACAGAAAGAAAGCCAAACUAGAGAGCACAGCGAUGGAUAAAAAGAGUGCUACCGAUGGUGAAAAACGGCCAUCAGACAUCAAAGUGGCUGCCUACCUGAACUUGGCUGCUGAUUUUACUCACAAUUUCACCGAUGGCCUGGCCAUAGGUGCAUCGUACAUUGCUGGCAACACAGCAGGCUUUAUAUCUACAGUGACAAUCCUCCUGCACGAGGUCCCACAUGAAAUUGGAGAUUUCGCAAUCCUGGUGCAGUCAGGCUACAGCAAACGCAAAGCAAUGUGCAUGCAGCUGGUGACAGCAGUGGGCUGCCUUAGUGGCACACUGUGCAGCCUUAUUGCCGAUGGGGUUAGCAGCAGCGCCAAUCUAUGGGUGCUGCCCUUCACUGCUGGUGGGUUUAUCUACAUUGCCACCGUCUCAGUCAUUCCUGAGCUGCUGGAGAACACACGACUGUGGCAGUCAGUCAAAGAGAUAUUUGCACUGCUGCUUGGUGUGUCCAUGAUGGCGCUACUCACCCAGUUUGAGUAAAUCAUAGCUGAAGGGAAAAACCAAAGUGCACAAAAGAAUUCUGUCACAUGGUUGGAUGUUACAUUUUGUUUGGAUAGGUGUUGGGAUGGGAGGGAGCCACUGUUGCACGUGAACUGUGUUACGUUCCCUAAUGUUACAGUUAGAAUCACUUCUGUUGCACAAGUGUAAUGCAUUGGUCUUAAGCUUACUUUAUUUACAAUAAUCGUACACAUUAUUUAUUCAAUGGCAUUGUAUAAGAAUUCUGAGCAUUUCGUUCGAUGCAGGCGGGCUGGGACAGUUGGUCAUGGGGAACUGGUGACAAGUUCAUUUGAACAUGGCACAAUGUCAUAUACUUUAUCAAAUGAAUGGUGCAAGUGAUGUACACACACAAAAAAGAGGCAGAAUGGCACCUUAUUGACAGUAAGGUUUGUUAAAAUAACUAGUUAUUUACGGUCAGUACAAUAGGCACAGAAAGCUAUACAGGACGUUUUCUCAUAUAUUAUUUUGUGAUUUCUUAUUCAUAUAAAUAUAUUGUUGCAAUUAAUGAGAACUCUGGUAGCAUUUACCACUGUGAAGCAGGAUCAAAGUGUUAAUGAUGUGUACUGUUAUUAUUUAUGAUGUAGGAGACUUGCAUGCUAUAAGGCCUGGAAUAGUUUUUUACGUAGCCUUCUGUGCAUUGUGUGUUGAGUGUAAACAUCCACAGUCAUUUCAAUUAACUUUUUGGGGGAGUGCCUGCCUUAUCUUGUGUCUUGUGUUGCGCCUUUAUAUAUUGAUAGCUAUGAGCCAACUAGCCCAGUUGUGUGCUGUACCGUCCUUUUUUCUCUCUUUUUUUUAUGAUACUAGUAAAAAUGUGAUAAUAUAUAUUAUACAGUAAAUUUAACCAAGGUGGUGCAGAAGAUUGGCUAUUCUUGAAUUUUUCAGCACUCACACUGAGAAUUGUUUUGUGUGAUGAAACUGCAGCAUGACUGAAUGUAACAUGGUGGAAUGUACUGCAACUCUUAUCUCUCCUAUCAUUUCCUAAAAUGUAUGCGCGAUUCUUAUGUGCAUCUACAUGAGCAUUGUACAUUGUUGUUAAUGUCGGCAGCUUUUUGUAUGUUGACAUCUCUCGCUCACUCAUUCCGGUGUAAUAAUGGAACUUAACUGUGCCCGACAGGAUCGUUGUCCAAGCUCUUUUCUGUAUGCUUUUUUUUCCUUCAUAAACCUCUAUUACUGUACUCGAGGCAUUGGUGAUGCAAGCUGCCAGGGAGUUGCAUUUACCAGACACUCAAGGUCUUAAAGAAAGAGACAUCAAUAUCAGUACCAAUACCAAAUAUCAGAUAACAGUAUGAUUUGCGCUGAAAUCUUCCAUAGUUGGUCAUGCUGGCAUGUAUUUGUGACACUUUAAUUGUAUUAUGGCGAUAAAAGGCCUUGCAUAAUAUCUAGAGUAGAAACUAGAUUUGCUAACAACUUACGUGCCUCUGCCAGACAAGUUGGUGUUCUGAAUACAGGACAAAGCAUUUAAUGUUAGCCCAUGAUGUCUGCACAUUGCCUUGCUCCUGCAAUUGUGUGGUUGAGAGAGUGCGUAAAUGUACACAGCGAUCUAUUGUCAUGGGGAACAUGAAGCAUAUGGCCUUUGCUCUGUAGUGGUGGCAUUCAACAGGAGUAUGCAGCUGAUGCCAUGCUCUCAUGUUUCCUCUAACAGUGGAUCUCAGAGUCCAAGGCUAGUUACGAUAUGGUGAUUUCCUAUAUUUUUUUGUUAUGGCCUUGUAAUAUGUCAAUGGAGAAGAUGCUGAUGUUGUGAAUUGGAAGUGAAUAAAAUACGGUUUCAAGGUA